AUUCGCAAAUCCAACUCGCACACGACACCAUGCUUCAGAUUUGAAGGUAGAAAUAGGAAAGCACGUGCUCUCUCUCUCUCUCUCUUCAGACUCCAAUGGCUUUCUCUGCAACUGCAAUGCACUCUCCUCAAUUUCUUCGCCUUCCCGUCUCUCCGCCUCCUCAAUCUUCACUCUCCUUUCGAUUAUCACUGCCAAAUCUCAAACGCCCUAAGCCACUCUCUAUUCGAUCAGUUUCACUUCCCGCUGCACCAGCAUCCGGGUCUGCAGCCCCUGCAAUUUCUCUUACGGAUAAUGCACUGAAGCACUUGAAUAAGAUGAGGUCUGAAAAAAAUGAAGAUUUAUGUUUAAGAAUAGGUGUCAAACAGGGUGGGUGCUCUGGUAUGUCAUACACAAUGGAUUUUGAAAACAGGGUUAAUACAAGGCCAGAUGACUCCAUCAUUGAGUAUGAAGGUUUUGAAAUUGUUUGUGAUCCUAAGAGCCUACUCUUCAUAUUUGGCAUGCAAUUAGAUUACAGUGAUGCUCUGAUUGGAGGAGGCUUCUCAUUCAAGAAUCCUAACGCGAGUCAGACUUGUGGAUGUGGUAAAUCCUUUGCCGCUGAAAUGUAAAAUCAUGUUUAUAGACAAUAGUUACAUACUAAGCUUAUUGUUUCAAGCAACACUCUGGACUAAAUAUAAACUUUUAUUACUAACAUAAAUAUAUUUAUCUGCAUUGUCAUAAAAGAAAAAGUACUGAAUGUUUGUUGUUUGUA